AUGUAAAUAACUGAAGGUGUGGUUAGAAAACUGUGGCAAUAUUAACAAUUGAUUGGAUGACUGUUGUUGGAAAUGUGUUGCAUUAAAUGCAAAAACGUAUUAUCUGAUGUAAGAAUUUGCGAUAAAUACCCGCAGAUAUAAUGUCGGAGCACUACAAAUCGCUAAUAUCUGAUGAUGAUGUUAUUAAGGAAUUGAUCAAGGACAGCGAAAGACGACAAGGGAAACUGAUUAUACCCCGGCUAAAACCAAAUUUAAAUUUCUUCCAACGAACUGUGAACAGUUUAGUUUCAACUAACAACAGAAUCGAUAAAGGAGUAGAUACAUUUAGGAGUGACUAUUUGAAAGAUGAAAAAACACGCAAAUAUAGGGUUCCUGUUUAUAAAUCAUCAUCAAAUAAAAUGCCCCUAGUUGAUUACGCGUUUGAACGACGACUCGUUUUAGAAACGAAAGAUAAAUGUAUCAGGCCGAAAGGCAAUAAGAGAUCCCAAAAAGAAUCAACGAAACGAAAAUGGGAACCGCACAAGUUAAGUUUUGGAUCAGAAGUGGAAGAUGCAGCUAGUACAGAUCAAUCCCAAGUGCAAUCUUAUAAGAAAACUCUUCAGAUAUUGGACGGUAUUUCUACCGAUACUGAUUUAGAUGACUUGGAAAUUGUCAACAUGAAAGAGCCUUCUUCUAUGAGGAAGUCAGGCAAGUCUGCCACAAGAAAUGCAAAAAAUAAAUCAAGUUGUGUAAUUGUCCUAUCUAGUGAUGAAAACGAGAGCAGCGCUCAUCAGAAUCAUAAAAAUCAAAAGAAGUGGAAGAGAAAAAUCUCAAAAAAGCACAAAAAUAAAUCUGAUACAUCUACAGAUGAUGAUUGUUAAAUCCGGAAUCUAUGCGGUUUUACCAGGUAUAAUUAAAAUGUAAAUACUAAAAUAAAUUAUUUUGAAUUAUAA